AUGGUCUACGAGUGCUGCGAGACCUUUCCCUCCAAGGAGUCGGAUCUGAAAUCCUGCCCUCCUCCGCAGAGCACGUAUGGCUUUCAGAAGUUGGCCUGUGAAUAUUUUGCCAAGGGAGCUUGGGAGCAGCACCAGCUGCCAUAUACCAUCAUUCGACCCUUCAACGCCGUGGGCAUCGGCGAGCAGCGCGCGACCACGGAUUCGGAGGUGCUGAGUGGCAACGUGAAGCUGGCCAUGUCGCAUGUGGUGCCGGAUUUGGUGCAAAAGAUCUUGAAGGGGCAGAAGCCGCUUCAUAUUCUGGGCGCUGGGAAUCAGAAACGGCACUACACCUACGCUGGGGAUUUGGCCAAGGGCAUCGUGAAGUGUAUCAUGGAUCCACGCUCCAAAAAUCAGGACUUCAAUAUCUCGACCAGCGUGGGCCACACCGUCCUCGAGUUGGCAGAAGUCAUUUGGAAGAAGCUCAACGGGGACGUGCCCUUCGAGUAUGUCUCCGACGAGCCCUUCCAGCAUGACGUUCAAAUGCGGGUACCUUGCGUCCAGAAGGCCAAGGAGAUGCUGGGCAUUGAGUGCCUCACCUCGUUGGAAGAAGCCCUCGAGGAGGUCAUUCCAUGGAUCAAGGAGCAGGUUGGAAGACCCCGGAUUGGCUGGGUGUCCAUGUGCAGUGAAUCAGGCAGAUGA